ACUUGUGAACUAAGUUAUGGCAACUGUUGUGGGAGAAGCACUUCUUUCAGCUUCUGUGAAACUAUUGUUGCAAAAGAUGGUUUCUAGUGAAUUCAUUGACUUCUUUUGGAGCAUGAAGCUUGACGUUGCACUGUUGGAAAAGCUGAAGAUAACACUGCUGAGUCUUCAAGCUGUACUGAAUGAUGCUGAGGAGAAACAGAUCACUAAUCCUGCUGUCAAGGAGUGGUUGAAUAUGCUGCAAGAUGCUGUCUUUGAAGCAGAAGAUUUGUUUGACGAAAUCAACACUGAGUCAUUGCGGUGUAAAGUGGAAGCUGAGUAUGAAACCCAAUCUGCUAAGGUACUCAAAAAACUCUCUUCUCGUUUCAAAAGGUUUAAUAGAAAGAUGAAUUCUAAAUUGCAAAAGUUACUUGAAAGAUUAGAACAUUUGAGAAACCAGAAUCUUGGUUUAAAAGAAGGUGUUUCCAACAGUGUUUGGCAUGGAACUCCUACAAGUUCUGUUGUGGGGGAUGAAUCUGCUAUUUAUGGCAGAGAUGAUGACAAAAAGAAACUGAAAGAGUUUCUUCUUGCAGAGGAUGUUAGUGAUUGUGGGCGUAAAAUAGGAGUGAUUUCCAUUGUGGGGAUGGGAGGGCUAGGAAAAACAACACUAGCUAAAAUCCUUUACAAUGACCAUGAUGUGAAGCAGAAAUUUGAGGUAAGAGGGUGGGCACAUAUCUCAAAGGAUUUUGAUGUUGUCAUCGUCACUAAAACCAUUCUUGAAUCCGUCACUUCAAAAAGAAAUGACACUGAUGACCUGAAUAUUCUACAAGUGAAAUUGCAACAAUGUUUAAGCAAUACAAAGUUUUUGCUUGUACUGGAUGACAUAUGGUAUGGAAACUAUGUUGACUGCUGGAAUAAUUUGGCCGACAUCUUUAGUGUUGGGGAAAUAGGGAGUAGGAUCAUCAUCACAACAAGAAAUGAAAGAGUAGCAGCAACCAUGCAAACAUUUCUUCCAAUCCACAAAUUGGAACCUCUUCAAUGAGAUGAUUGUUGGUCUUUGCUUUCCAGAAAUGC